AUGCUCGGCCUUCCAUCACCCUGCAAGCUGCUCACACAGCUGAGCCUCGGCGCCAGCCUUGUUGCGGCUCAGCUCCAGACCAUCACCAACUUUGGAAACACCUACGGCACGCAGCUAACUAUGCAGGCCUAUAUUCCCGGAAAUCUGCCUGCUAGCCCAGCAGUGAUGCUCGCCCUCCACGCCUGCGGUGGAAACGGACCAGGCUACUUCCAGCAGACCAAGUACAAGUCCCUCGCCGACUCACGCGGCGUGAUCCUCAUCUUUCCGUCAUCACAAAAGGACUUUAACUGCUGGGAUGUCGCGAGCGCCAAGACACUCAAGCAUGAUGGUCAGGGUGAUAGUCAAGUUCUCGUCAGCAUGGUCGACUAUGUCAUCAAGACGUACAAGGCCGACCCCAAGAAGGUUUACGUCACGGGCACCAGCUCCGGAUGCAUGAUGACCAAUGUUCUCGCCGCGACUUACCCGGACCGCUUCGCCGCUGCUACAUGCUACUCUGGUGUUGCUGCUGGAUGCAUGGCCGGGUCUCCUGGAUCGAGCCCCAUUAGUUCUGACCGUGUCUGCUCCGACGGGAAGAUUAUCAAGACCGGACAGCAGUGGGCUGAUCAGGUUAAGUCGAUGUAUCCUGGCUACAGUGGCUCGUACCCCCGAUUCAAGACCUGGCAUGGCACUGCGGAUAAUCUUGUCUUUUACCGGAACCUUCUUGAGCAGAUCAAGGAGUGGUCGACCAUUCAGGGCAUUUCGUUUACCCGCAAUGAGACGUCGACUCCACAGUCUGGUUACACUACCAUGAUCUAUGGAGACGGAACCAAGUUUGUCGCGGUAUCUGCAGCUGGAGUCGGACAUGUCGUGCCUACUCAUGAGGAUCUUGACUUUAAGUGGUUUGGUCUUACCUGA